AUACUUUAAUUUUUUUUAGCUGUCAAAACAAACGCAUGCUGACAGAUUUCAACAGAUUUCAUUAAAAUUUGGACGAAAUAAAAUUGCGUUUUGAAAGUUUUUAACAUAUUUAUUAAUUAAAACUGUUAAAACAUGUCUGAGACCAGCACGAAGGACACGGUUUUGAAAACAGCGAUGACCUAUAUAUGUGGCGAGUGUCAUCAUGAGAACGAGAUGCGUCCACGUGAUCCUAUACGUUGCCGUGAGUGUGGCUACCGCAUCAUGUAUAAGAAACGUACCAAGCGAUUGGUUGUGUUCGAUGCGCGUUAAUUUUCAUCUGGCUCUAUCCCGUGGUUUUAAAAUGAUAUUAGAAUUUUAAGUGAAUACCUUAUGUAAAAAUAAAAUUUAGUAUAGAAAAAGUUUAA